GGGGGGGAAAUGACGUUUUAUAAAAAUAAUGAAAUAACAAAUACACUUCAACAAUACACUUUUAUUUAAAAUGUCUUCCCGAUGUAUGGUCUUAUGUAUUUGUUCACAGUCACUUACUUAAAACCUCAACUUCAAAAUCAGCUUCUGACUAUAUGCACGCGCUUGUGAGAUGAUAAACACAUUUCCGAUAGCAAGAGAACGCAGCAGUUUAACAAGGCCGAGUGCCUGAAAGUCAUUUGUUUUCCCUGAAUCGGACCGACUGGAUUGGACAGCCGGGGGUUCCGCCCACAAACACACAAGGUGGAGUUGAAAAGAAACAACAUGCUGGGCCAAAAUGAAGCUGUCAAACAGCCUCUGGUUGAGGAAUCGCGGAGCAAUGUGGAAAUACAUGGAUGAUACUUUGGAGACUUAUUAUAUAAUUAUAUAUCGAUCCAUAUAUCUAUAUAGUGGAAAUAUGACGUUUAAAAGUAGAAAUGAUAAACUUUUGAAAAUAUAUAUUUUUAUGUUAUUUAUACUAAGUGAGUGGUCUAUGCGAGAUGAGCCGGUAGCACUAAAUAAGAUAACCAUUGCGCCCAAUUUUUGAUUUUAUGAUACUUUCGCGAUAAAAUAUUCGGUGCGCAAACUUCGGCUGAAGAUCAGACAUGGUCGCUCUAACGUACGGGAGGAAAAACAAUCGCCCUCCGUUGGGUUGAGAAACAGCGAUGUGAGGUCGGAGAAAAUGGAUGUCUUCGCUUAGCGAAAUGGUUGGAUGGAGAGAGAGGAGCUGCUGCGCGUUGAGUGGAGGGAGACGGCGAGUGAGAUGGAGGCGGGGGGGAAGGACCAUCUCUGCGGGGACUGGAGCCCAGGACCGACGGCGCAGUGCUGGCUAUCGUUCAACCCUCCCCUUCUUCCUCCACAACGACGCCGAGAGAGACAGCUAAGCCAACAAAACAACCGCUCGGGUUCAUCCACCGUAUACUAAGCCGCACCAUGAAUGGAGAAAUGGAUGUAAAAACUGAAGAAAUAGUAUGGUCCCAGGAGGACCUCUUACAACUGCUUCAGUCCAUGCAACUGGCCCUGCCUCCGAAAGAUGUGACGAAAUACAAAACAACGGAGUCCCACCUCAACUGGCAGAAAGUGGCCUUCAACUCCUUCUCAGCAGAGAUCUGUAAGCAGAAGUGGCUGCUGGUCUCUAAAAAGAUUCGUAAAUUUCGGACUUUGACAGAACUCAUAUUUGAUGCUCGAGACUACAUCAAGAAUCCUUACAAGGGCAAAAAGCUCACGAAACACCCAGAUUUCCCCAAGAAGCCCUUGACUCCAUACUUCCGAUUCUUCAUGGAAAAGAGGGCCAAAUACGCAAAGUUGCACCCAGAGAUGAGCAACCUAGAUCUAACUAAAAUCCUCUCCAAGAAGUACAGGGAGCUGCCUGAAAAAAAGAAGAAAAAGUAUCUUGAGGACUUUACACGAGACAAAGUAACAUUUGUGCACAGCAUGACGAGGUUCAGAGAACUGCACCCCGGCCUCAUAGAGAGCAUGAGCAAGAAAGGUUCAAAUGCACCGGAGAAGGCCAGAACACCCCAACAGCUGUGGUUCACCCACGAAAAGAAGGCUGUCCUCAAGACACGCCCGGAUGCGACCACCAAAGACAUUAAAGACACACUCGGCAAACAGUGGACGCAGCUGUCUGACAAGAAGAGACUCAAAUGGAUCGCCAAGUCCCUGGAGCAGCAGAAACUCCACCAGGGUACAAUGCGGGAGUACAUCCAGCAGCACCCGGACUCAAACAUUACCCAAGAGGAUAUCCUCAAGUCCACCCUGACCAAGGCUGAGAGGCACCUCAAAGACAAAUCUGAUGGCCGGCCUGACAAACCCCCUCCAAAUGGUUACUCGAUGUACUGCGCCGAGUUGAUGUCGAGCAUGAAGGAUGUGCCCAGCACGGAGCGUAUGGUGAUGUGUAGCCAGCGGUGGAAGCUGCUGAAACAGGGGGACAAAGACGCCUACCAAAAGCGUUGUGAACAAAGGAAGAAGGACUUUGAAAUUGGCAUGAACAGAUUUCUCAGUAGUUUAUCAGCGGAGGAGCAACACCGGGUUUUGUCUGAGGAGAAAAUAGGUUUUAAGAGGGGCGGAGCCAACGGUCCUGCCGCCAGAAGGAGGGCCACGAAAGCAAAGGCCAAUCCAGAGAAACCUAAAAGGCCAAUUUCAGCCAUGUUCAUCUUCUCUGAAGAAAGGCGUCCGAAACUGCAGCAGGAGCGUCCGGACCUCUCUGACAGUGAGCUCACACGACUUCUGGCUCGCAUGUGGAAUGAGCUGCCAGACAAAAAGAAGGAGAAGUUUAAACGCAUGGAAGCGAUCCUGAAGUCCGAGUCGGAGAAGAAGGAGGAUCGCAGUCGUCUGCCGGACCCACCCAAGACUGCACAGGACAUCUGGCAGCAGAGUGUCAUCGGAGACUACCUGGCCCGAUUUAAGAGUGACCGACCAAAGGCACAGAAAGCCAUGGAAGUGACCUGGAGCACCAUGGAGAAAAAAGAGAAAAUUGUGUGGAUCAAAAAGGCAGCAGAGGACCAGAAAAGAUACGAGAGAAACCUGUGUGAGAUGCGCUCACCUGCUGCAGUCAUUGCCUCAGGGAAGAAGAUGAAGUUUGAGGGCGAACCCAAGAAACCCCCGUCAAACGGAUAUCAGAAGUUCUCUCAGGAGAUGCUGUCCAAUGGGGAGCUGAAUCACCUCCCGAUGAAGGAGCGCAUGACUGAGAUCGGCAGCCGCUGGCAGAGGUUAACGCUGAAGGACAAGGACCGCUACAAGAAGAUCGCCGAGGAGAAGCAGAAGCUGUACAAAGUCGUCCUGGAACAGUGGCUCGCUAGUUUGUCUUCACAAGAGAGAAACACGUACAAAGAAUAUAAUUCACAAAAAAGGAGAACUACAGCAAAGCCAGGAGGCCCGAAGGCAAAGGCCAAGAAAUCUGACACGGAGGAAGAUGAGGAUGACGAUGAGGAGGACGAGCGGGAGAAAGUGUCUUCUGAGACCGAUUCAUCCAGCGAUGACGACGAUGAUGACGACGACGAUGAUGACGACGACGACGAUGUCUUUGUCAUUUGUUUGAAGAAGGACGACGACGACGACGAUGACGACGACGACGAGGCGGAAGACAAGGAGAACAAGUCGGAGGACAGCAGCAGCGAAUCGAAUUCACAGGGUUCGUCGGAUUCUGAUUCGGACUGAAACGGGCCGGCGUCUUUGUGAGACGAACUGAGCAGCGCUGAGCUGAGCCAAGAGUCGAGGGAGCUCUGCCACUGUGCCAACCCUGCUCCCCUCCCACCACCAGAGGGAGGCCUUGCUUCAUUCACUUCACACUUUAUGUUGCUGCGUUGGUGAUCUCCUCAUGGAGGGACGCUGCCCUUAUGUCCAAAAUCAGUUUCCUUCCCUCCCCGGUGUGACGGUCCUCUCACGUUACGGGCCGCUGACAUUAUGCCAAAAACAGCAUCCCACUGGUUUGGUGAUGUCGUGGACUUUUCUGCCGCUGGUUUCAAUCUUGACAUACAGGUUCAACGGUUUAAGGUUAGGGUUUUAAUGUUGAGGGUAAUUUAUUACCUGCCAGUGUUUUAUGUUAUUAUUCUGGUAAUUAGUUGAAGACAAGUGGCAUGAGUUGUGAACAGGCUUCAUAGAGCCAAAGAACAUCGUCUGGUGGUUCACUUUAGGGAUCAACAGGAGGGAAGCGGGGGUGCAGAACAGUGAAAAUUGCACUCUUCAGAAUGUUCCUUAAUUCUUUCUUUUUUUCAGAGCAUUGUUGCGUUGUUCUCUAUUCAAAAUUUAUGAUGUAGAAUUUAUCAUUUGGUUCUUAAAGAGGUGGUAUUUUUUUUCAGGAAAAAAAUCAAGCCAUUCUGAAUGUGUUUUUGUUGCUGGAAUAUUUCCGAACUUGUUACUUGCCCGUGUUCUCAUUUAAAAGGUAAUCGUGCCUAUAUAAAGUAUUCACCCCAUCUUGGACUUUCAUGUUUUAUUGUUUUACAACGUUGAACUAAAGUGGAUCCUUGGGAAAACAAUUGUCUCCAUACUGCAAAAUAUAGGAGAUUUAAAAUGCUUUCUUACCGAGAGAAUACCCGACGACGGCCAGCCGAGAUGACCGGCUUUGAUCUCAUCUAACGUCCAGUAAGACGGCGACCAGCGAAGGGACUUAGAAGAACAACUCAAUCUUUACAGAUGUAUCUAAAUUAAGUCUCAACAACAACACUUGAUUACUGAAGUAUUCCCAGGCUGAAUGUUUAGUGAAUGCAUCUUUGGCCACAGUUACACCCGUUAGUCUGGAUUGGAUGUGGACGUUGUGUCUCUCUUUUUUAAAAUCUGCCCAAUUGAGGUGAAUAGGAACUCUCUUUCGGACACAGCCUGCUCGAAGCAGAUUCACAGCUGUGCCAUAUUUUUUGUUGUUGAAUGAAUGACGGCAUAUUACUCAGCAGGCUUAGAUGUGCCUUGUAAAUGUUCUUCUAUCCUUCCCUUCGAAUGGUAGGGUUAAGAAAACCUGUACCGUAUUUGGGAUGUUCCUUUAUCGUCACCGUUUUUUAAUUGCAUUAAGCUUCUAUAGCUAUAAGGUACAGGUGCAUUUACUGGCCACAGUUUUAAUAUCACAAGUAAUCUAAAUUUUCAUUAAAAAAGUGUCUGGACCAAUCUGGUCUUUACGUUCAGACUUAAUUCAGAUCAGUUUGGGAAGAUUUGUUUUGUUGAUGAAGGUCAAACACCCCUGAUGGCCACCAAUAUGUUUUUAGAAAUGAAAAAGAGAAAUGGUUUAAUACUUUUUAUAGGCGCUGUAGGACCAUUAGCAUGUGUCUCAUUGGAAGGUGUGAUUAACCCAUUAGUCUGAAGAAUACGUCACACCGUCGGUGUAUUCUUCUUCUCUGACCCGUCGUUUUGUUUACCGUUCAUUUGAAUUGUCAUUAGGUUUCUAAUUGUGAACAGUUGUGUUCAGAUCCAUCUGGAAUAUUUGCGUGGAUGUCAAACAGAAUGGUUUUCAUCAUUUUAUUUUAUGGUAUUGACUGUAAUCCGUUUGGGUUUUAGUGUGAUGCUUUAAUCCCAAAAAAACGUGUGCACUUCAUGUAAAUCUGUCCCUUUUGUGCACGCAUGCUCCGAACUGUGUGUAUACGAGGGUGUGAGUGUUUGUUUGCUUUCCUGAGUGCUGUUUUUACUGUUUGUUGCAUACCACGAUGUGACUGCGGCGUGCAUGCCUGUGUGGGUACAUCAUACCAAUACCAUGAAUGUAGAUAUUGUUCAAUCUUUAAUUUCCAAAAGGACAUUUUUUUUUUGCUGUUGUGUCACUAGUUCCCUGAAAAAUGGAGCGAUGAGGCAACUUCCAUGAUUGUCGUUUUGGGUCCACAAGCAGAUGACGAGUGGCAACUAGUAAUACUCUGUUGGUAACGGACUGAUUCUGACCAUUUAUGAAUCCCAUCCAUCACUGUCCGAAACAAAAACCGGCAUGGACUUUAAAUAUUUUGUGAGGGAGUAUGAAAAAAUUAUGCUGAUAUUGACUGAGGGGAGUUUGGAAAAGGGAUUUGGGGAACUGAGUCGCCAGGGGAAUUGGGGUUGAAAGCUGUUGUAAUUUUUCCUAUAAAUACUGUUUUUGUAUCGAGUGCUUAUCGUUUUGUUAGUGCUUUCAUUUUUGGCAAACCCUCAUCUGUGAUUUCUGAGGCCAGUGAGUUUUUCACUCACAGGGGGAGGUUUUGGUUUAAUUCACCUGUUUUUAGUUGUUUUUUUCUCUCCCUUAUGUUGGUUUAUAGAGAUAUCUAAGACUGCAAAGCUUUACAAGUUUGUACUGCUGAUCGUUUGACAAUUUGGUGUUUUCUAUAGCUGAGGGUGUUCUUAUGUCCUUGUAGUUCAAGUAUUUGGGCAAAUAAAAAAAAUAUCUUUAACAGUU